AUGAACCUCAGAAGUUUGGGGCUACUCUUUUCCCUUCUAGCCUCUGCAAAUGUUAUUUUGGCAAAUCACGUACGGUUUGAUGAUAAUAACAAUGCCCAGGUUUGCGAAGGGAUGUACUCAAAGAAAGAUUGGGGUGGCAGUAUUCAACCUCAGAUUCAAUUGAAGCUCGAGCAGUUUGGCGAUCAUAAAUACAAUAAAAAGAAGCCUGAUGACAAUCAAGAAGGGAAUGUGCAUGUCAGCUACGUCGUUUUUGAAUACAAAGACAUAGUUCACCUCGGCAAGCCCACGAAAGAUGGGUAUAGGAAAUACAUCUGUGACUCCAGCGCCAUUGCAGAAGGGAUAUGUGAUGAUAAAUCUAAAGGCACCUUCAUUGUGAACAGUGAUAUCACUAAUACCACCGUACAAACUUCUCAAUUGACUCAUUUGGGCCCAGGUCACAUUAAGUAUUCCGUCGGCAGGACCGGAUACUACUGUAUUGCCACAUACAGCGAGGAUAACACUAACUAUAGAGGGGUAGCAAACUUUCAGAAUGCAUUUGGACACUUAAGUGCUUCGGAAAUCCCAAAAUUACCAGCUUACGGAAUUUUGACACUUUGUUACACCGUUGUGCUAGCGUUGUAUGGGUUUCAAUUCUUUAAAAAAAGGAAUCAGAAUCAGAUCUUACCGUUGCAAAAAUAUUUGUUAGCUAUGCUCGGCUUUUUGACUUUUGAUACUUUAGUUGUUUGGUCAUAUUAUGACUUGAACAAUCGAACUGCGAAUCAGCAGAGCGGCUUCGUCAUCUUUUACAUGAUCUUCUUAUCAUUGUUGAAUGCCGGCAAAAUGAGUUUCUUCUUCUUCUUACUCUUGUGUAUUGGUCUCGGUUACGGUGUGGUGAAAAUAAAACUACCUAAAAAGAUCAUGUUUCGUUGCAAGUUGCUUGCCGGUCUACACUUCGCUGCUGCUAUGUUCUACUUGGUCAUGACCUACAUCAGAUCUUCGAGAAACUCUUUAACCUCCAGCAGUGAAGUGUCAUCAGAUGAGUAUGCGGCUAGUAUUUGGGAUGUUAUACCCCUCAUCCCGGUCGCCAUCACCAUGACCGUUUUCUACGUGAGCAUUUUGUCCUCAAUCAGGGGGACUACUGCAAAUCUUCACAAGCAACGCCAAGUGAUAAAGUUACAGCUUUAUGAGAAUUUGUUUCGAAUCAUAAUUGCUUCUGUUGUACUAUCGAUUGGUGGCUUAGUACUCUCCAGUUUCAUUGCAUUGAGCUUAACUACCACGGAUCUCAUUGAGGAACAUUGGAAAGGCUCCUACUUUUUGUUUGACUUUUGGCCUAGUGUUGUUUUCUUCUUGGUAUUCAUUGGCGUUUCUUGGCUAUGGAGACCUACUGAGACAAGCUAUAUGUUGGCCGUAUCUCAACAAGUAGCAACAGAUGCUGGUGCCGAGAAUGAUCACAAUGGCCCUGCUCAAGGUCAUGAAUUUGAAUUAGACGACAUCUCUGUAAUGAGCCAUAGCGAUGAAGAGGGAAAUCUUGGCAGAGAUAGUUUCGAAUUACAAAGCCUGAAUAUUCCCAGCGAAGUACCACCUGCUUACAAUGAAGACGACGCAGGCUUUAAAGGAGGACAGAUGCAUGACAAAGCAAGUAACGCUGGCAGCACGCUCUUCGAGCUUGGUGACGAUGAGGAAAAUGAGCACUCACGGAGCAACGCAGAUCAAAAUGACUACGAGGCUCUCGAUGAUGAUGAGUCUAAUGACCGCUUGAAGAAAUAG